UAAAGCUCAGUUAAUUGAAGCUGAUUGUCAUUGAUAAUGUCCAUGGUUGAAUUUGGAUCAAUUAGGGUGUGGCAGAUGUGCAGAAUCAUGGUUGACCCCAGGGCUUAAAGAAUACAAUCCAAUUUUCCUCAACAAAUGUAAUACCAUUAGGGUGGAUAAAAACAGACAACUCACAAGGGAGGAGUCUUUUAAAAACCAGAGGGGUGGACGAUACGUAGAUAGACAGAGCGGCCGCUCAGAGGAGAGAGACGAGGGCUUGGAGACAGCGAAAUCUAAAGACUGGAAAAAUUGGUGAUACUCCAAAGAAAGUCAAACUUUUUAGAAAAUAAGGCCCUGAGAGGAUAGAAAACAGAGGAAGACAAGAAUAAACAACCCCUGUCUGAUCACUGAAAGGGAGUCUACUGUGGCCGUACAGCAAAGAAGACCAGCAAAAUAUUUGAGACUUUAAAGAAUUACAGCUUAAGCAGAACGACAGUGUUUUUACAACAGCGGCGCAGAAAAAGUUUAUCCACAACUUUUUGGACUGAGCUGACAAUCAACAGACCACCGUGAUCACCUCUGGGGCUAUGAGGAUCUUCAACAAAAACCUUCGCCUUCAGGACGUCACCCUGAUGUAUUUCACCGCGCUGGCUGCUCUGAUGGUCAUCUUGGUGGCUUCGUACCAGGCGCCCACCAACGCCGUUGACAUGUCCACCCUUAAAACGAAACCCGCAAGCGUUCUCCCACCUCUCCCUAUGCCCUUCCGGGUGCCCCUCGACCCACGCGGGGAGCUUCAGCUGGCCUGGAACGUCAGCUAUGCCAAUCAGGAGAUUUACAUGGAGCUGAAGGUGGCGGAGCUCAGACAUGGCGUGGUCUUGGGGAUGUCCGACCAGGGCGAGCUGACCAACGCCGACCUGGUGGUGCUGUGGGACUCUGGAACCAAGAGCUACUUUGGGGAUGCAUGGAGCGACAAUGAGGGUCACGUAACGGCGGACAGCCAACAAGACUAUGAGUUGAUUGAAGCCAAACAGAAAGCGGAAGGGUUUUACCUACUCUUCAAAAGACCAUUCAGCACCUGUGAUCCCAGAGACUAUCUCAUAGAGGAGGGGACUGUCCACGUCAUCUACGGCUUCUUGGAUCAACCGCUCGCCUCUCUGGAGCAGCUGAACCUGUCCCGGAUCCGGACAGGGGUGCAGAGGGUGCUGAUGCUGCGACCCGACACGCCGUCGCCCACCCUGCCUCCGGACGUGGAGACGCUCGAUGUCGUGGCACCAAAUGUCAUCAUUCCAAGCCAAGAGACCACGUACUGGUGCUUCAUCCAGAAGCUGCCUGAAAAUAUGCCCAAGAACCACAUUGUUAUGUACGAAUCAGUGAUCACUCCAGGUAACGAGGCCAUCGUGCAUCACAUCGAAGUGUUUGAAUGUUCUCCAGACAUCCCCACUGUUCCAGAGUACAGUGGCUCCUGUGACGAUAAGAUGAAGCCGGGCAAGCUCAACUUCUGCCGCCAUGUGCUCGCUGCUUGGGCUAUGGGGGCUGAGGCUUUUUACUAUCCUCCUGAUGCAGGGCUGCCUAUGGGCGGACCGGGCUCCUCAAGGUUUCUUCGACUGGAGGUUCAUUACCACAACCCGCUGCUUAUAUCUGGCCGCCGUGACUCAUCAGGAAUACGACUGCAUUACACCCCCAGCCUGAGGCGGUACGACGCAGGGAUCAUGGAGCUGGGUCUCGUUUAUACGCCCAUCAUGGCAAUCCCACCCAAGCAGCGCACCUUCUACCUCAGUGGAUACUGCACAUCCAAGUGUACCCAGACUGCUUUGCCUCCGGGAGGGAUCUAUAUAUUUGCAUCCCAGUUGCACACCCAUCUGGCGGGCCGUGGGGUGAGAACAGUUUUGGUGAGGGGUGGCAAAGAGCUGGAGGUGGUGCAGGAAGACAAGCACUUCAGUACACACUACCAGACGAUCAGAGUUCUAAGGAAGAUGGUGAAUGUUUUACGUGGUGACGUCCUCAUAACAAAGUGUACUUACAACACAGAAGAUAGAAGCAAGCCGACAGUGGGAGGUUUUGGCAUCAUGGAGGAAAUGUGUGUUAACUACGUUCACUACUACCCUCGUACUCAGCUGGAGCUGUGCAAGAGCCACGUUGAUCCGGGAUACCUGCAGAAAUACUUUAACAUCAUUAACAGGUUCCAUGGAAAUGACCAGUGUGUGUGCGGUGAGGUUAGUGUGACAGAGCAGUACUCGCAGCUGUCGUGGGACGCAUUCACCGAAGAAGUGCUGGACUCGCUCUACAACACAGCUCCCAUCUCAAUGCACUGCAAUCAGUCGACCGCACGCCUCUUCCCUGGCGAGUGGGAGAAACAAGCUCUACCGGUGGUGACGUCUAUCCUCGAGAAACCUCGCUACCCCUGCGAAGGAGGCACACUGCCCACUAGCUGACCUUUUACACCUCCAGUCGUAGCAGUGGCCUUACGCGGUGUUUCAGCCCAGGGAGAGGCCACCGGACCCGUGGAAAGUUAAAGAAGUUCCCGUGGCUGGGACUAGAUAAUGUCUUGUUCUUGCUGUAAUUAUAUGCAUAUAAACCCAAUGUGUAAUAUUGGUGCACACAAGUCAGUCUGCAGUAGUAUUCAUAUGUCAUGUUUCAAAGGAAGGGAUGUUAUUUUCCACAUUAGGAAUAUAUUUUAAAAAGAGUGCACAAUUAUUAUACUUAACAAACUGGAGGCAAAAGUGACUGCAAUGUACUUAGCUUCUUAAAGCCAACCCUUCUUUGUUCCCCAUAAUUUUGUUGAUAAUGACUAACUUACAAACACCAUUAAGACAUGAGGCAUUAUGUCAUUUGCUAAAGUCUGUAAUAAACAAUGCAUAAAGCAUAAACCGAGUGGUGUUCAAAGGCAAAAAACACUUUAAUUUAUCAUUCAUGGAGUAAGAAGUCUGUAAUUUGCCACCCGUCUCAGCCACAUUCCCCAGUGUGUCCCGGCACAUUGUUGUGAAUAAUAAAUGUGACAAAAAAUAAAUAAAUAAAAU